AACCAAGUUCCGAACCCAAACCGUCUGAAAGAACUAAAUGAAUUCGACGAAUCAAAAAUCGGAGUAAAAGGCCUAGUCGACAAAGGCCUUACAACCAUACCCACUUUCUUCAUCCACCCAUCAGAACCCGACCCGAAACCCACAACCCGACUCGGUUACAAAAAACACUCAAUCCCCGUCGUUGACUUUUCUCUCCCUCGGUCAAUGCUGGUUGACCAAAUUCAUAGUGCGUCAACGACACUUGGAUUUGUUCAGAUUGUAAAUCACUCUGUUAACGUGGAGGCAAUAAAUAAAAUUGUGGGUUCGAUUAAGUCAUUUAAUGAAUUGCCUGAUGAAGUUAAGAUGAAGUAUUAUAGUAGAGAUAUGACAAGUGGAGCUGCGUAUUCUACGAAUUUUGAUUUGUAUAAUUCUAAAGCUGCCAGCUGGAGGGACACGUUGCAGAUGAGGUUGGGUCCCACUCUGCCAGAGUGGGAGUACGUGCCGGAGGUAUGUAGGGAGGCGGCGGUUGAGUGGGACAAAGAAGUAGUGAAAAUUAGGGAAGAAUUGAUGGGUUUGUUAUGCGAAGGCUUAGGGGUAAAUAAGGAGAGAUUGAGGGAAUUGUCAUGUUUAGAUGCAAGAAUAAUGGCUGCACAUUACUACCCUUAUUGUCCACAGCCAGAGUUGACGAAAGGGCUAACGCCACAUACUGAUCCCGGGGUGUUGACGAUGUUGGUGCAGAAUGAGGUGAUGGGGUUGCAAGUUAAAUUUGGUGAUGAUUGGGUUGAUUUGGAGCCGAUUCUGGGAGCUAUUGUCAUUCACUGA